ACAUCGACUAAUAACACAAGUCAAAAAUAUUCAAAAAAUCCACAAAUCACUUGAAACCUUUCACAAGUAGAGAAGCGAAGCAAUGGCGUCGGAGAAACAACGAAAGACGGAGAGAGCCGAGGUCGCAGCAAGGCUAGCAGCUGAAGACUUGCAUGACAUAAACAAACACCGUGACGAUGACGUGGCAUUGUAUAAGGUAACGGAGAGAACAGUCGAACAUCCGCCAGAGCAGGAGAGGCCAGGGGUGAUAGGGUCGGUGUUCAGGGCUGUGCAAGGAACGUACGAGCACGCGAGAGAUGCUGUUGUCGGAAAAAGCCACGAUGCGGCCGUGGCGACCAGUGAGGGAGCUAAGAUGGCUUCAGAGAAAGCGGCUGGAGCCAAAGAUGCAACCCUUGAGAAAGCGAAAGAGACGGCGGAUUACACGGCUGACAAGGCGAAGGAAGCCAAAGAUAAGACGGCGGAGAAGAUGGGAGAAUACAAAGACUAUACGGUGGAUAAGGCGGUGGAAGCGAAAGAUAAGACGGCAGAGAAGGCAAAGGAGACGGCGAACUAUACAGCGGAUAAAGCCAAAGAGGCGAAGGACAAGACUGCUCAGAAGGUGGGUGAGUAUAAGGAUUACACGGUGGACAAGGCCAAAGAGGCUAAGGAUUACACGGCGGAAAAGGCUAUUGAAGCAAAAGAUAAGACGGCGGAGAAGGCGGGAGAGUAUAAGGACUACACGGUGGAGAAGGCGGCUGAAGGGAAAGAAGCUGGAGUGAGUAAGCUUGGAGAGUUGAAGGAUAGUGCUAUUGAUACGGCUAAGAGAGCUAUGGGUUUCUUGUCUGGAAAGACGGAGGAAACCAAACAAAAAGCUAUUGAGACCAAAGAUAGUGCCAAGGAAAAAAUGGAGGAAGCUGGAGAAGAAACGAGACGUAAGAUGGAGGAGAUGAGAAUCGAAGGUAAAGAACUCAAAGACCAAGCUGGAGAGAAAGCACGUGAGGCAGCUCAAAAGACAAGGGAGAGUACUGAUUCGGCAGCUGAAAGAGCCCACGAGACAAAAGAUUCUGCUGCGGUUAGGGGUAAUGAAGCGAAGGGGACAAUAUUUGGUGCACUAGGGAAUGUGACGGACGCCAUAAAGAGCAAACUGACAAUGCCAUCGGACAUUGUGGAGGAGACACGUGCGGCACGUGAGCAUGGAGGCACGGGGAGGACGGUGGUUGAAGUCAAAGUCGAAGAUAUAAAACCUGGUAAGGUGGCGACUUCCCUGGAUGAGGCUCGGAAAGACAAGGGAAAGCUUUAAGCUAGGAUGAUGGAUCUGUUUGUAGCAGACUAGCAGCUGACGUUUUCUGAUGUUUCCCUCUUUGUUGUUUUUGUGUUCUUGUUUUGGAAAAGAGAAAUCUUAUAUUUAUGCAACUUAUUUAAGACUAGCUUUUAAUGUGUCAUUGGUUA